AUAUUUUAAAGCAUGGAAAGAGGAGGAAGAAAGACGUAGUGAAAAUAGACAAAAAAAGCAAAAGAAAAAAGAAACAGCGUUACAAAGCCCACAGCCACCCCCUUAUGUAUCAAUGCCGUCAGCACCAGAACCGCAAUCAAAAAAUCCGUUUAUCAACCAACCUAACCCCUAUGCUCAAGCCCGAAACGCAUUAAACUGUAUGACUGUAAAUAAAAAUCCACAGGAAGACAUAGGGAAAGAUCCGUCAGGCAGGGACAUGGGAGGAAGUGUUGACCCCCCAGGACCCUUUGAAUUAUUCUCAAUGAUAGCCACACCUAAUCCUAGAUUUGGACAGCUGACCGGUGGUGCAAAUAAUGAGCGAGAUGAGAACCCAAACAUAUUUGUUUUUAGACCAUGGUCACAAAAAGAUAGACAGAAUGUACUCAAAGAUGUCCCACCUUUAAAUGAAGGCUUCAUACAGUGGAGAGAAGCUGUCAAGUUAAUUAGAAGACAGUGGUAUUUAAAUGGCCAUGAAAUGCUCCAAGUGAUACAAGACUUGUUAGGAUUAAAAAUGGGAACAGUGAGGGAAGAUUUUACAGGAUCAGACGAACAUGGUAGGGCCCUAGCUCCUGUAUCUGCUGACUUACAAACUGCCAUAACACACUUGUAUGAGCGGAUUAGAGUCCGCCUGGCCCCCAGAGCAGAUUAUGCAAAAAUAGGAGAAGUAAAACAAAAGGAAGCCGAGACAGCACCAGACUUCCUCGACCGGCUACGCCCGGUUUUUAGACAGCAUUCAGGCCUAGAUUAUGAAGAAGGCCCAGAGAGACCAUACGAACAGCAAUUAAAGAACGCAUUCUUAAACGGUCUCCUUCCCCCAGUUAGAGCCCAUGUUGAAAAACACUGGGUGACAAUGAACACCGGUAACCUAACAGAUGCUCUGCAGUAUGCAGAACAUGCAACCCGAGUGCUAAAAAAGAAAGAGAAAGGAGGUGUUUUCACUGUGGAUCCUGAAACAGGAUUCGUGGCAUUUGCUGGUGGAUACAGAGGACAGAGACAGGGACAGCAGAGGAACAAAGGAAGGAGAAGAGCAGGUUUCAGAGGAGAUAGAAGGGACAAAAAUGAUAGAGACAAUCGCUGUUAUAACUGCGGAAAGGAAGGACACUUUGCAAGAGACUGUAGGAAUAGAAGUGAGGAUCAGAGUAAGUGACUAGAACAGGAAACAGAAGAGGAAACAGAAAUUUUCAACAUAGAACAGUUGCUCCUAGGUUCUGAACACAAACCCACAGUAACAAUCCAUGUCAGUGGCCAACCUUGUGACACUGGAGCAUGUAAAACCGUGCUAAAUCAAAAGCCCAAAAAUUUUAAAUACUCAAGUGACACCCUGAUAGUUAAAUCUGCGUCAGGCCACACCAGUGUUAAAUCAUUAACAGAAGGAUUGUUGCUAGUACACAAAGAAAGCGGCAGAAGUUGUAAGAACCAAUGUAUAUAUGACCCAUCCUGCCCAGUCAACCUUUUAGGGAGAGAUGCUUUAGAAAAACUAAAGAUCGGUGUAGUGCCAGGGCCAGAGGGCAUGUAUGCUAAACUAAUGUUGCAUGAAAAGCAAAGUCCUGAGGCCGGUCAGCUUACUGUGUGUGAAGGACAGGGUGAACCCCACUAUUAUUGGACACUAGACCUGCCUCCAUUAGAACCCUUGCAGCAUAUAGCAAAUCGCUAUUUGCCAACUCAUUCAAGAAAGCUAGACUUUACUGAUUACCACAACACCUUAAGGUUCAAACAAAGCCCAGGUCAUGACUCCAUAUAUGACCAACAAGUGCACAGACUAGGACCGCAGAAACUCACACUGCAACACCUUUAUGUUACCCAAAGCGGCAACGCAGUGUGUUCUGUAAUACAGCCAGAAAAGGUACAAGAGCUAAACAGGAUGCCAAAACCACAUGUGUCAGUAGCACGCAAUGACAAUACAGACUGGAAAGACUUAGGCCGUAUCCUCACUCAGGUUGAAAGGGACAGAUAUGAGACAAUUGAAGAAACACAUGAAGGGUGGUUUCAGGGCCGUAGAACAGGAUGUAUGAGGUACACAUUAGGGUGGGUACUCACAACACAGCCAGCAACCCACAUGACUGACUGCGCAGAUGCACACAUGCACGAAGUUAGUGAGGAUUGAUACACACUCUCUUUAGAGCAACAUCCAGAACUAGAAGAACUACCUGCAAAGCUGUGGUCUAUAGGACCAACAGACGUAGGACUAAUUAAAGGAGCAGAUCCUGUUGUAGUAAAAACUAUCACAACUUACAGGCCAGUAAAACCACAGUAUCCCCUCACAACAGAAGCCAAAGCAGGAAUAAAACCAGUAAUUGCAGACAUGGAAUAGGCAGGCAUCUUAAUAAAAACAACUAAAGUAACCUGUAACACACCUAUUUUCCCAGUGAAAAAAGCAAAUACGGGAA